AGGACGCGGCGGGUCCGCGGGGACCUGAGACCUCGGGAUCCGCGGUGUCCGCGCUCGCGGGGCGGCCUGGGAAAGUCAGCAGUCAGCAGCGCAGUGGCGGGAACCGCAGCCCGGCGGCCCUGGAAGCUCCCAGGGAAGUAAGCCAUCUACUCAUUGUUCCCGAAAGAGGAACUCAAAGAAGAGAAACAGUAGGAAAUGGCUGAUUCUUCAAUAAGCACUUCACAGGGUCUGUUGACAUUCAGGGAUGUAGCUGUGGACUUCCAACAGGAGGAGUGGGAAUGCCUGGACUCCACUCAGAGGGCGUUGUGCAUUGAUGUGAUGUUGGAGAAUUAUAGCAACCUGGUCUCUGUGGAGAACUAUUGCAAGUGUGACCUUGUCCAUCAACAUAUGAAGACUGAAAAGGAGUCUUGUCAGUGUAAUGAGCUUGGCAAAGUGCUUCAUGACCCCUCCACAUGUGCACUUUAUAGAACAAGUGAAACUACAGAAAACUCCAAUAACUACACAUGCAGUAAUCACAGGGAUGCCUCUGUUGACUCAUCAAACCCAGACAGACAUGAAAGCAUGCACACUGGAGAAGAAGCUUGCCAAUCUAAAGACUGUGAGAAAUCUUUACAUUUGUGUUCCAACAUUACUCAAGAUCAGAGAAUCUACACUGCAAAGAAAGAUCACACACAGGAAGAAGGUGAUGACUAUUUCACUUCUGCAUACAGUCUUUUGCAACAACAAAUCUACAUUGGAGAGAAACCACACCAGUGUGAGAUAUGUGGGAAAUGCUUCAAUACUGCCUCAAGCCUCACUGUACAUGAGAGAAUUCAUACUGGAAAAAAACCCUACAAGUGCAAUGUUUGUGAAAAAUCCUUCUCUCAGGGUUCAAGCUUUAAAAUACAUCAAAGACUUCAUACUGGAAAGAAACCUUACAGAUGCAAAGAAGAUGACAAAUCCUUUGCCCACUAUUCCACUUUCAAGAAACAUCAGAAAAUGCACACUGCUGGGAGACACUAUAGUUGUCAAGAAUGUGGCAAGGUCUUUCAUCAAUUUUUACACUUUAAAAGCCAUUACCGACUCCAUCCUGGGGAGAAGCUUUACAAGUGCAAUGAGUGUGACAGAGCCUUUCUCCACUAUACCUCACUUAGACGGCAUCAGAAAAUUCAUUCUUUAGAGAAUUUUCAUAAAUGCAAAGAAUGUGAUAAGUCCUUUCUUGAAUUAUCUCUUCUUAAUAGGCAUUACAAAAUCCAUACCAGUGAAAAACCAUACAAAUGUGAGGUUUGUGACAAAUCCUUUACCUGGAACUCAAACCUUAGAAGACAUCAGAGAGUUCACACUGGAGAGAAACUUUACAGAUGUAAAGAAUGUGAGAAGUCUUUUGCCAGCUCCUCAUAUCUUAGAUCACAUCAGAAAAUUCAUACUGGAGAGAAACUUCCUAAAUGUGAAGACUGUGACGUAUCUUUUAUUCAUAUGGCAAAUCUUAGAAAACAUCAGAGAGUUCAUACUGGGAAGAGACCUUACAGUUGUAUGGAAUGUGACAAAUCCUUUUCCUGGGAGUCACAACUUAGAAUGCAUGAGAGUGUUCAUACUGGAGAGAGACCUUACAGUUGUGAGGAAUGUGGCAAAUCUUUUGCCCAUUCUUAUGUUUUAAGGAAACAUCAGAAAAUUCACACUGGAGAGAAACUUCAUAAAUGCAAAUACUGUGACGUAUCCUUUAUCCACAUUGAAAGCCUUAAAAUACAUCAGAGAGUUCAUACAGGAGAGAGACCUUACAGAUGUCAGGACUGUGACAAAUCCUUUACCACUUGUGCAAAUCUUAGAAGACAUCAGAGAGUUCACACAGGAGAGAGACCUCACAGUUGUAAGGAAUGUGACAAAUCUUUUACAAGGUAUGAACAUCUUAGAACUCAUCAGAAAAUUCAUGCUGGACGAAAACCUUACAAAUGUAAAGACUGUGAUAUGUCCUUUAGUGAAUACUCACUACUUAGAACACAUCAGAGCAUUCAUGCUGGAGAGAGACCUUACAGUUGUCAGGAAUGUGACAAAUCCUUUACUAGUUGCUCACGUCUUAGACAACAUCAGAGAGUUCACACAGGAGAGAGACCUCACACUUGUAAGGACUGUGACAAAUCCUUUACCAGUUGCACAACUCUCAGAAGACAUCAGAGACUUCAUACUGGAGAGAGACCUUACUGCUGUAAGCAUUGUGACAAAUCUUUUACCAGGUGCGAUCAUCUUAGAAUACAUCAGGAAAUUCAUACUGGAAAGAAACCUUACAAAUACAAAGACUGACAUAUCCUCUAUCCAUAUUACAAAUCUCAGGAGACCAGAAAAUUCAUACUAGAGAGAUACACACCAUUGAAAUAAUAUGACAUAGGUUUAUGUCAUAUUUAUCUGCUAUUCUCUGCUUGCAAAUAACAGUAUACAUAAUAGAAGCAUAAAGACAACAAACUUGUGAAAGCCUUUAAUGAGGUUUAAACUUUAGAAAAUAUCACAGAGUUUAUGCCAAAAUAAAAAUCUCUCAGUGUCACUGUA